CAGGUUCUGCAACCUGUACGUAGUUUCUGUCUCUGGGGGCUUUUGCAGAUAACGCCAAAUACGCACAUUGUCGAGCAGAGCAAACAGAUCAAUGCCUUUUACGCAAUGAAAUGGUGCUGGGGCCUUACAAAUACCCACUGGACAUGACAGUCAGUAGUCGUCGAGCAGACUGAAAGAUCUCAACCAGCAAACAAAAUUUUUCUCUGAUUUUACAAAGACAAGGCAACAGUGAGUUGACAGCAGAUUCGUUUUUUACUGCGGCAAAUAGAAACGAGCAACUCGUACUCGUACUUACAUACAGAUCAUAUCAAAAACGAUCUUCAAGUGCAGCAGAUCUAAUUAAUCUGCAACAUGCAAGCUGUUCGUCAGUGUUCAGUGUGUGCCAGCCGUGCUGCUGGGGGGUUUCUGCGAAAUCAGACAGACAUUUCACUGCUGCGGACCAGCAGGCCAGCGCUCAGGAGAGGAACAGCCUGCAUUCGUGCCCUAAGCAGUUCUGACAGCGACCUAUUCAGCAGCAGGAAGGCCGGAGUCCAGAAGUCAGGGAAAUGGACAGACACUGUACACAUGAGCAUCGCGUCUUUAAGUGUUACCCAUGGGCUUUGUGCUGUACCUUUUACACAGCAAGUGGAAAGCCUCUCUCACGACUCCCUGAUCAGAAGAGCGGCCUCAGUGGUCACAGACAGUUCAAGUACUUUCCUCUCCCAGACCACCUUGGCUCUCAUUGAUGCCCUUACAGAUUAUUCAAAGGCUGUGCACACACGCAUUGCUCUCCAGAGACGGUAUUUGGCCUCAUUGGGAAGACUGACCCCAGCAGAGGAGGAUUCGCUCCAGCAGGCGAUCAAUGGCCAGCGUGCAGAGGUUAGCGACAGACUAGAUGAAUGCAAACGUUUUGAAUCAUCCUGGAUCAAUGCGGUCAACUUGUGUAAAAUGGCAGCUGAGGCAGCGUACACUUCCGGAGCUGAACAUGCGUCAAACACAGUGAGGACAAACAUUCAGGUGGCCCAGUCGCAGGUGGAGGAGGCACGGAAACUGUCAGUGGGUGCGGAUAAGAAGCUGGCCGAGACUAAAGUGGAGGAGAUCCAACGGAUGGCCGAAUAUGCCGCCUCCUUAGAGGAUGGGGAGGAGCAUGAGGUGCACGAAGCUUACCUACGAGAGGACUAAGAGAAAUAGACCGACUUUGGAAAACAGCACAAAAAAAAAAAAA